AUGGUUCAUAUGCGGUGUAAGAACCUGCACUCAGAAAUUAGACAAAAUGUCAAUCAGCGCAUCAUUCAACAGUGGCGCUCUCUUCUACUAGCCCACACCUGUCAAACAAGGUUGGCAUCUACAGUCGUGACAAGGCCAAAGAAAGUUCCCAAUGUAUUACCAGAAGUAGACUCGCUUGAACAUUUGCGACAGAUAAAGUCAUCAGCAAGGAGACGCAUCCCUGUUCAUGUCAGCUCCAAAAUCGACAAACAAAUACCUUCGCCCACAACCAUGACUAUCCAAAGCUAUCUAGCCAACGGCGAUGUCGAAAGUGCCUGGAAACUUGUAGAUAAAUCAACCUCUUAUUUAACGCAACAACAUAUACCUCGUUUGACAGCUCAGUUACUGUUGAAAUCACUUCACACGCAAGUAAACACCAACUUACCUCGUCUCACUCUCGAUUUUUCAAAGCUACAGCAGUUAUAUUUGAACCGACUGGAGACAUUGACAGGUGUUGUGCGUAAAAGCAAAGAUAUAGCCUGGGAUAAGCAUGAAAUCAGCAUGGUGCUCGAGUUAUUUGGCAAAUUAGAUCAAGUCAAGCGUGCUGAAUCCCUGUUUCGCAACAUAUCGCAUUAUACAUCAGCUGGCUACACACCCAACUUGGAGGUUUACAAUCAAAUGAUGGCUGUCUAUGUCCGUCGAUUCAAAUACGUCGAUGAUACAACCAAAAAACGAUACUUUUCCAAGAUGAAGACACUGGAACAAGAAAUGAUUCGCAAAGGUCUACAGCCAGACACUUCGUCUUACAACAUACUACUGGCAGCCAAGAUCAAGUCGCACGAUUUGCAAGGAGCAGAGGCUAUUUACUCUAAAAUGACAACGCCGCCCGAUCGCACGACAUACAAUAUUCUGUUGAAUGGUUAUCUGAAAGACUGUAGAAACAACAAGGACAAAGAGAUCACUCAGCAGUGGAUGGAAAGGCUGAUUGCCUCGGGAAUUGUUCCAAACAGAAGGACGUUCAACAACAUCAUGGAUGGUUUAGCGAGUCAAGUGGUCAAGCAUGCUCGUUUAAACGAAAUCAAUGACAUGCAAGAAACAGCGCAAUCGGUGUCGAGUUUGUACAAAGUCAUGCGCCGGUUAGGCCAUAAACCAGAUACAGAAAUCGUCAAUACGUUGCUCAAAUGCUACACGGCUGCUGGCGACAUUGAUCAUAUCGAAAAGGUGAUUGAGAUGCUGGCUUUGCCCGAGAAGAAGGGAUGUGGUGGAAACUGUGCUUGUGCAAGUAAAGCAUCUGAGGCUGCUGAUGCUGCUGCUAAGCCAAAGCUCAAGGUGAAGCCAGAUACAUACACAUUUAAUAUGCUGAUCAAAUACCACCUGGGGAACAACAAUACAGAGCUGGCUUUUCAAAUGUACGAUACCAUGGUCAACCUCAAAUUGGACCCUGAUACAGUAACAUACGGCAAUUUCAUAUGGUAUUAUGCUGAUCAAGGCAAUGCGACAGAAGCACUCAAAUACGUGGAUGCGAUGCAACGAAAAGGCAUUCCUACCAACAAUUACAUAUACAACACAUUGCUGAAUUACACUCUCAAAUAUCCCAAAGAAGCCUAUCUAAUCACACCACACCUACAAAGAAUGAUAGCGGAUGGAAGCAGCACAUUGGAUAGCGUGUCGUCCAGAAUCUCCAUUGCUCGAUUUCAAUAUGCGGAGAGGGACAAUAUGGAAUCUAAUUUCGAGCGAUUCACAGACGUUUUGGAGAACAUAUAUGCGACACCCGAGAUCAGUACGCGUACCUACAAUACCAUCUUGCAAUCUACAGGCAAGUUCUAUAAACCGAAACACAGCAAUCAUGUCAGUAGUAUGAACCUUGAGAAUAUCAUUGAAUCUCUGGAUACUUCACAUUUGACACCAGACAUAUAUACCUUUGCGCUCAGUAUUCGAAACGCUGCUUAUGUGGGUAACAUGGUCAAGGCUGAAUCAAUUUACAAAACCAUGGUGGACUCGGGCAUAAAGCCCAAUCAUUUCGUCUUUUCUCAUCUCAUUCAUGGAUACGUGUCGUUGGGUAAGGUGGACAAGGCAUCCGACUUGUUACAGCACAUGACAAAUUAUCAACUGCGUCCAACGGCCCUUCAUUACGCGCCGUUGAUCAAGGGGUUUGCAGAAUCAGCAGAAUUUGACAGAGCUUACGAACUGUUUCGAGAUAUGCUGGCAAACAACGUAAAUGCGGAUUUAGUGAUUUACACAAUACUGGCAUCUGUCUUUUUGGAGUCACCACGAGGAAACGAAGCUCGCGCAAUUGACUUGUUGGAAGGCAUUGAAAAGGCGGGCAUCCCCAUGGACGCUGCUUCGUUGACGUUACUCGCAAAAGCAUAUGCUAUCCAAGGGUCCAAGAAGGCUCAACUUGUGUACACACAAAAGAUUGAUAAAAUCUACAAUACACUCAAAGUAAACCACUGGCUUGAUGCCAAGGCAAUCGCUACCCUACUUACAGCUCACCAUCGUAUGAAGAAUCCUGAUGCUGCUUGGAAAUUAUGGAAUACGCUAAAGGAAGAAAAGACCCUGCUUACAACAUUACACUACAAUUCUCUCAUGGCAAGCAUAGCGUCCACCAAGGCCUGGUAUCCUAUAGCUAAAUUGGUGUUUGAAGAAAUGUUGCAAGAUCCAAAGGUAUCUCCAGAUGCCCAUACAUUUGAUCUCAUGAUAUGGGGCGCUUAUGGUGUCUCUGAUCUGCGCACCAUUCAAUAUGUAUGGCAUACCCGUCAACCAGACAAGGUAUUAUUUGUCCGAUCUUAUUACGCUGUGAUGAAGGCCAUGUUGGAAUGCAAUGAUAUAGACGGUGCUCAACGUGUCUACGAAGAAUACCAAAAACUGCCCUCAACACCGAGCUCAACGACUGUUUGGGUUGGCAUGAUAAACAAACUAGCUGCACAUCAAGGAUUUAACAAAAGUAUAUCUACAUCUACCUAA